UCUGUGCCUGCCGACGCGCCUCUCCUGUGCAGCCCCCCUCAAGAAGAGCUUUUUAUGGAAGGAAACCCUGGAAUUUUUAUAAAAGGAGAAGGAUCUGCACAAUACCAGUGAAGUGGAUAAAACAGCACAGCUGCUUUCUUUUUGACUUGUUUUUUCCUCUGCUGUGUGAAUGAAACAGGGAAGCAGAUCUGAAGUGGGAGAAGGACGGUGCAGGUUCUGGACUGGAGUAGAUCUGUCACUGUGGGUUUCGUGUAAACAAGUUAAACUUUUAUUUCUUCACAAACUGGUGAGCUCCUCUCCUCUGCUUUCACACCGCGGAGUUGCUUUUCCUCGCAGCGAAGAGACUUUCGUGUUUUUCUCCCCUUCAGAGUGACUGCUUAAACUUUCUACGUUUAAAAAAAAUAAAUAAAAAGAUCGGAUUGCAUUUUCCCCCUUCAAACAUUUUGGAGGUGAUGUCAUCGUGCUGUGUUUUGGCUGGUAUUGUGUGGAGAGGGCGCAGGGAGGACUGCUGCAGCCAGGCGGUAAACAGCGGCUGAGGCGAGCGGGGAAGUCCGGAAAAUCAGGUGCAAAGUGCGGCUGUUAUUUCCUCGCUGUGUCGCGGGUGGCUGAGUCCGCCACCCAGUCACAGCUGUUCCCAUCCUCUCCAGGCACCCCUCCCUCACUCGUCUUUCUUUCUCCUUUAUUAUCCCCACCCAUUCUCAUUCAGCACUCUCCAUACAACCUUCUGAGCUGGACCGCUCCGGGACCUUAUCGCCACCUCUGUCGGACACUGUUGGUCAGUGUCACCAGGGCCACAGACCCGUUGAGCCAGCGUUGGGGCGCAGUCAUGACCGAGACCGCCCUGCAAUAUCCUGCGCCCGCAGAGCGCCCGUCUCCAGCUCAGCGUUUACUCCAUCAGCCAUCCCAGGUAGCCCAGCUCCACCAGCUCCUGAGCCCGCUCUGCUGGGACUAACUCUGCCUCCUGCUCCUCUCCGUGCUGGGACAUAAACUACACCACACAGAAUUCAGAAGCUGAAACAUUACGCAUUGGAUUACGCACGCAAGGCAGCUGUCCACGGGACCGAGCAUCCCUCUGAGGGUCAGCCAGGUCGAUUGGAGUUUGCUAUCUAUUCCGCGUGCGCGCGCUUUCACCUGUUCAUCUCGUUGGUGGGGACGCGCAGACUUAAAAGCCCUAACCUUCCCCCCUUUACUCCCCCGCCCACCUGCCUCGCUACACGGGUCUGGACAGCUGUUAGAGGUUGCCCGGCGGUCACAGUGGCACAGUCACCCCGCCCUCACAUCUCACUUUGCCCGCGCGCAUACAUUUACCCACGCCGGGGGGACCGGGGCACGCCGCUGCCGAUGCCAACGGGAGUGUCCACUGACUCUUUGACUCUGCAUAACAUCCAGCGGAUUCAAAACAGAGAGGGGAACUCUUCGGACUGUCGGACUGGCUCAGACCGAGCGAGGAGACUGUCUCUGGGCCAAGUUCCAUAGUGGAGGGGGGAAGCGAUGUGGUCCCUUCUUUCCACGCUGACCGUCUUAUGUAUCCAGAUGUUGCUGGUGAUGUGCAAUCCAUUACAGCAGGUAUUUGGUGUGGAUGGGGUCAACUUCAGCGUGCAUGUGGAGAACCAGACACAGGUGCGAGACACCAUGAGUCGGCGACACCACCGGGUCUACCAACUCUACAGCCGCACCAGCGGAAAACACGUCCAGGUGCUCGGGCGCAGAAUAAGCGCUCGAGGAGAAGACGGAGACAAAUAUGCCCAGCUUGUAGUGGAGGCUGACACCUUCGGUAGCCAGGUGAGAAUCCGGGGCAAAGAAACAAAUUUCUACCUGUGCAUGAACCGUCGCGGCAAACUGGUAGGAAAGAAGGCCAGUAAUCGAAGUGCCGACUGCGUCUUUGUGGAAAAGGUUCUGGAAAACCACUACACAGCUCUGAUGUCGGCGCGCCACACAGGCUGGUACGUGGGCUUCACUAAAAGAGGGCGUCCUCGUCGUGGCCCGCACACACUUCCUAACCAGCAGGAUGUACAUUUCAUGAAGCGUUUCCCACCCGGGGAGCAGCCUGACCUCACCACACCCUUUCGCUUCACCACCAUCAGCAAGCGGGCCAAGAGGGUGAGAGCUACAGGGCCCCGCUAGUAGUUGCUAACGCUAGCACCCACUGUCUCGUCAUCCAAAGCCUCAACCUGAGCCAAUCUAAGGCUAGCCCAGUCAUCUCAUGCGACUCAACAGCUUUCUUUGCUGGGACAAACACUGAGAACAAACUUGAUGAAUCAUUAAUGGGGUUUAGCUUCACCCCUUCUCAUUUGCCACUACAGCCCCAGUUUUAGUCUCUACCUGGGCAAACUGGACUUUACCUGGUACAUCGCUGGAAGCUCUGUGGAUUUGUCUGUGUUUGAGUUAUAGGCCAGAAGCACUGACAGGAAACUUGAAGAGCAGCCAGAGUCCUAGUUUCCACAAGGUCUUUUCUCCACAACCACAUGAACUACAAGGCCAUCAUGUCUCCUGUUCUUGGACCAGCUGAACAAUGACAAGUGUGGGAUUACAACUGGACCAUGCAAGAGACAACAAGGGUGGGAGAGACUAACUGAACAAGACAGUGGGUGCUUAGCAUGUGGACAAAGGGAAAUCAGGAGGAAGAUGACACGAAAAUAGUGGAGAGGACAAAGGGAUCGAUUGAUCUGCACAGAUCAAAUGGACCAAAAAUGGAUUGUUGACAUGUGACGCACUUAUUUUUCUCUCUGCUGAGUCAGUGGGAAUCUGUGAGAUUGUUAGAUGAAUGACAAAAGGGAGCCUGAGAGAAUGAGUGAGUGACUUACUGAAUAAAUGCAUGUUUGUAAGAAGAUGAAAGAGGGGGAAAUGUAUGUAAGAGUGUGUGUUUGCAUGUGCGAGUGAGUACACCAACAACCAUGAGUGAAGCUGGAACACGAGGGACCCUUGAAAGGGACAUCCAGUCCCUGCAUGAACCCGUGACAACUCACCACAAGGACUGAAGCUUAAAAAACUCGAAUGUAUAAAAAAAAAAAAAACAAGCUGCACCAAAAACAGCCAUCCAAUCACAGCAUACCAAACCAACUAUGACCAAAGACAACUGGAGACCUUCUUCAUGACUCCCAGCGGACACUUCACCUUCAGCUUAUAGGUCCAGAGGGUGACGAGCACAGGAGCAAGUGCGGCGAGGAGGGUGCCUUGUCGACUAGCAUUGCUAUAGAGAUGACCCAGGGGAUGACGCUCCUGUGUUACACCGUGGAUACAGAAUGCUGCUACCAGGACAUUCAGUGGAACAAACCAAAGUCUCAUGCAUUCACACAGGAGAAAAAUAUUAAAGGGAACAAUUUAUUGAAAGUUAUAUAUAUUAUAUAUAUAAAAGAAGACAGAAACCCUAAAUAAGCAACCUUACUAUGAUGGUUAUUAUAAUUAUUACGAUAAAAUUAUUUCAUUUAUUUAUUUCAG